AUGGCUGCGGAAGGGGCUGUGAAGGCGGCGCUGCAGGUCGCGCAGGCGCUGGAAACCAUCGUGAGCGGCUGCGUGGGGCCCGAGGGCCGGCAGGUCCUGUGCACGAAGCCCACCGGCGAGGUGCUGCUCAGCAGGGACGGAGGCCGCCUCCUGGCGGCGCUUCACCUAGAGCAUCCCCUGGCCAGGGUGAUGGUGGCAUGUAUUUCCAGUCAUCUAAGAAAAACAGGAGACGGUGCUAAGACAUUUAUCAUCUUCCUUUGCCAUUUGCUCAGAGGACUUGAAGCAGUCGCAGACAAAGAAAAAGAUUCCUUGAUUUCCAAAAAUAUUCAAACUCAUGGAAGGUAUUGGAAAACGUGUUGUCGGUGGAAAUUUAUUUCCCAAGCUCUUCUAACAUUUCAGACACAAAUAUUAGACUGCGUUGUGGACCGAUAUUUGAGAAGACACUUUUUGUCCAUCUUUUCUUCACCCACUAAAGAGAGAAGCCUGUGCAGGAGCUCUUUCAAGUUGCUCUUAGAAGCAUACUUUGGUGGAAGAGUGGGGAGAAAUAAUCACAGCUUUAUUUCACAGUUGAUGUGUGACUACUUUUUCAAGUGUAUGGCUUGUGAAAGUGGGUUAGAAGAAGCGUUUGAGUUAGUGGAUGACUGUUUUGGAGAGCUGAGCGUAGGUGUCACUGGCCUUCCUGUUUCAGAUUCCAGGAUCCUGGCGGGGCUUGUGCUUCACAGAGACUUUUCUGUGUACUGUCCAGCAGGUGGUGACAUAAGAACAGCGUUGGUAACAGAAACCAUCCAGCCUCUCUUUACAACUUCUGGGUCAGAGUUCAUCCUAAAUUCAGAGGCACAGUUUCAAACAUCUCAGCUUUGGAUUAUGGAAAGGACAAAGGCAAUAAUGAAAAGUUUACAGAAUCACAAUGUAAAAUUGCUCCUAUCUAGUGUGAAACAACCAGACUUGGUUAUUUAUUAUGCAGAGUUGAAUGGCGUAUCAGUGGUGGAAUGUUUAUCAUCUGAAGAAAUUUCUCUUAUCCAGAGGAUCACGGGACUUUCUCCCUUGGUACUGCCACAGGCCUCUUCACAGUAUGAAAUCUCGAGCACUGCUUUGGUGAAAUUUUAUAAGCCCCUUGUCCUUAGAUCCAAAAGGUAUGUUCAUCUGGGCUUGAUUAGCACGUGUUCGUUUAUACCGCACUGCAUAGUUCUGUGUGGGCCUGUGCAGGGUCUUGUUGAACAACACGAGGCUGCUUUGCACGGAGCAUUUAAAAUGCUCCGGCAGUUAUUUAAAGACCUUGAUCUGAGUUACCUGACACAAACCAGUGACCAAAAUUAUGUACCAAGUCCUCUCAUUUAUAAGAAUAGGGAAAGUAAUCAGUUAGCAGAUACUGUUAAUGGCUCCAUACAAAGGCCACAUCAGGACCCCGUUGAAAAGAACGAGGGUGAACUGGCAAAAACUCACACAUAUUUAAAAGUAUAUUCAAAUUCGGUAGUUCCAAGUGUAGAAUUAGAAACACAUAUUUUUCGUUCAACACCAAAAGUGACACCAGCGGGUACCCAACAGACGGAUGAAGCACUGAGAUGUUUAUCUGCAAACAAAACCAGGAUAAUGGAUGACCAUGAUUUGUUUAUUGAUGGUGAUCCCACUACUGAGUCAACAGCAGAAAACACUAGGAUAGAAGCUUCUUAUGAAAAUGUAUCGAUCACAAAAAUGGGUGGGAAGGGAAGUAUGUUGCCAGUGAGAUGCAAGUCAUUGGAGAUGGGUACUUCCCAGAGCUACUGUUUCUCAUCUAUAUCGGCAGGUUGUGUUUUGCCAGUGGGUGGUCAUUUUGAGAUCUUGUUACAUUACUAUCUUCUCAACUAUGUCAAGAAAUGCCAGCAAUCUGAAGCAAUCAUGGUAGGUACGAUAAUAGCUAAUGCACUUUUAGGCAUUCCCAAAAUCCUGUAUAAAUCUAAGAGAGGAAAUCAGAGCUUUCCACAAGUAUAUGUAAGAGCCCUCCACACACUGCAGACCAACCAACCCAUGGUUGGCAGUCAGACAGGUUUGGAAUCGGUAUCCGGUAAAUACCAGUUACUAACUUCAGUUCUACAGUGUUUGGCAAAAAUUGUAACCAUUGAUUUGGUAAUCAGUAUUAAGAGACAGCCUCAGGAAGUAUAUGAUCAAGAGUCAGAAGAAGAGCUAUGA